AUGGCAGCCUAUGACGAGACGAGAAACCCUCGAGAGUAUGUCUUGAACUACAAAACAUUCAUGGAGUUGCAGACUCAUUCAGAUGCCCUGAUGUGUAAGGUCUUCCCCACCACCUUAACAGGACCAGCUAGGGCAUGGUUUAAUAGCUUGGAGCCGGAGAGCAUCAAGAACUUUAUAGACUUGGCCAGUGUGUUCAUCAACAGAUUCAUUGUCGGACUUCCUGUGAAAAGAAAAAUGAGCUACUUAGAAAUUAUGCGGCAUAGGGGCAAUGAGUCCCUGAGAGAGUAUGUGGCCAGAUUCAACUCUGAAGCUUUGCAAAUACCCAAGAUAGAUGAGGGAAGGGCAGUAGAAGCCAUGCAAAAGGGUACAACCUACCUGGAGUUCUUUGGGUGGUUGUGCAGGAAGCCCCCUACUACUCUGUCAGAGCUGAUGAAAAGGACAGAGAAAUAUAUAAGGCAGGAUGAUGCCUUGACAACUAGCCGAUUUGCCAUGGAUGACAGAGAAAGAGGCAAGGUUGGGCAGGAUAAGAGACUAGACAGAGUCGAAGUGCUUGUAGCAGUCCAGGACAAAGACUUCGUGCAAUGGCCCAAGCCAAUGAAAGCAAAGGCAAGCCGGAGGGACCCGAAUAAAUAUUGUCAAUACCAUAAAGCACAUGACUAUGGCACAAACGACUGCUGUCAGUUAAUAAAUGAGAUAGAAAGGCUGAUUAAGAGAGGCCAUCUUCGAAAUUUUUUGAAAAAGCUAGAGGGCCAGAGGCAACAGCAAGGUGCAGCUGGAGAAAGGCCCAAAAGACAGAUCAGGGCACCAAUAAAUGACGACUCUAGUAAAAUAAUCAACAUGAUUGCAGGAGGGACUGGAGGCUAUAUGAGCAAGAGAGGAAAGAAAAGAGGCAGAAACAAAAAUGAAAGUGGUGCAAAGGUGAUGCAAGUCACUGAGCACUCCCUAAUAAUCAUCUCUUUGUCCUCAAAGGAUGCACGAGGGGUGCAGAUGCCCCACGAUGAUACCUUGGUUAUUGAGGCAGUCAUCCAUAACUUUAGGGUUCGUAAGGUGCUAGUGGAUGAUGGUAGUAAAGUAAAUCUAUUACCCUAUCGGGUCUUUCAGCAGAGGAAUAUACUCGAGGAGCAUCUCAUGAGGGACCAAGUCCCAGUCAAAGGGAUAGAGGGAACCUCAGUAGCAGUGGAAGGAAAAGUAAAAGUAGCAUUCACUCUAGGGGAGUCACCCCUGUCACGGACUCACUAUACAGUUUUCCUAAUAGUGAAAUUACCUCUGAGUUACAACGCCAUCCUGGAAAGAUCGAUGCUGUAUAAUUUUGAAGCGAUGACCAGCAUUCGGUAUCUAAGCGUGAAGUUCCCAACAAAGGCAGGGGUCAAAAUCAUUCAGGGAAGGCAGGAGGAGACCCAAGCUGUAUACCUAGCCAUGGUAGAUGAACAAUGUGCCCAGUCCGAGGAGAUGAUCCCUGAAGUUAUGAAAGUCAGAGAUGAGAGGAAGGAGGCUAAGACUGAGCCUGUGGACAAGUUGGAGACCUACUCACUAUUUGGAGAAGAAAGCGACAAUACCUUCAGCAUUAAUUCGAGCCUAGAAGAAAGCCAAAAGGAAGCUGCGAUGGCCUUAAUCCGGGGGCAUGUCUCAAGCUUCGCUUAA